AGAGGAUGCUGUACUUAUGGCCUAGGGUUAUGUUCACAGUUUAUUUCUUCAUCCCGUUCGGCGACUCAGCUCUCAUUCACAGACCACAGUUCACUUCUCACGCCCGUUCUACUUCAUCCAUCUCACGCCGCCCCGCCUCGCCUCGCCUCAGCGCCUCUAUCUCAACCUCCUUAAGUCGCCGAUUUACGACCCCACAGCUUCGCCUCAGUCGCAAGUCGCAACCCCACAGCCUCGCUUCAUUCGCCGUUUCCUCCUCGGCUCUCGCCACCCCCACAGUCUCGCACCACCAUAAAUCGCUUGUUCACUCCAGAGAACUAAAUUCAAACAGGGUAUUAAUGGCUCUGAGAGGUGUAUGGCAACUGCAGAAGCUAAUCGUUAGUUUCUGCGACAUGGGUGGCAGUAGCAGAGGCAUCAGAGCAUUUAUGGAGUCUCAUCUUCCAACAUUUAUCGAGAAGAAUCCCCAGCUUGAGGUUGUCACUGAGCUAAACCGUGGUUAUCAUCCACUUUUGAAGGGAUUAUAUAGGAACAAGAAUGAGCGGGUUGUUUGCAUCAAGAACAUGAGCACAGAGGAUAUAUUACUAUGUGCGACCAGGCUAAGGAAUGGGCAAGGAAGGAAAGUGGUGAAGCUGAAGUCUAGGCACGUGACUAAGAACCCUAGUGUUCAAGCCUUAAACUUAUUCCAAACCCUAGCUCAAAUCCACAAAUGGCACCCGAUCGACAAUUUAAAAAGCCCGACUGUCGUGGCAAUUGCCCAAUUUGCUGUGUCGACACACAAUUCUCAAGCCAGGACGUCACUCAAGCUCGACUCCAUUGUCGAGGGACAAAUAGAAGAAAUCCAUUCGGGUGGCUCAGUGAGUGUGCUACUCGAACGGUAUAAGCUGGUAAUCUCAGCAGAUGAUAGCAUCAAGAUUAAAAAGAUAUAUGAAGUCGUCGUGUUGCACUGGAAAUCGAGAACAUUCAACACUCUCGAAUCGUUUAAAUCACUUUCUUGA